GGACUGCACCCUGUCCUGAGGCUUCAGGGACAGGGGUCAGGGAAGGUGACAAGGACAAGACUCGGGACAGAAGACCUUGUUCCUCAGUUUCUCCUUCUUAACAGUCCCCACUUAGCAGGACGCCCUGGAGGAUUCCGGGAACUGGGGCCUGGCUGGCACGGAGCACUUGGGGUACUUCUGGUGCUAGGGACUGCUCAGGGGUGCAGGCUGCCUCACUGCAGGCCCUUCCUAGACUAGCGCACACCUAGCAUGCAGACCUGAUGCAGCCCUGUCCUGGCCCCUCCUGGUGACCCCGAAGAACGUGGGUGACCUGCCCGAGGGUGGCCGGCCGAGGAGCAAAGUCCAGGCUGCCUCCAAGACCCCCGCCGCAUCCCCCUAUCCCUCGGUCCUCCAAGCAGUGAGCAGCGCGUGGUGGUGGCCCCAGGACUUAUGGCACCUCCAGUCCUCUGGUCUUUGGGAAGACUGCAGCCCCCCGGAAGGCUGGUUCCCACCUCACAAGGAGGGAUGAAAGCAGACAGUGACACACCAUGCUCAACAGUUAUUUCUGGGUUCAGUGCAUCCCUGCGGACUUCAGCCAAAGCACGGUUCCUCUGUAGGCCUCAGUUUCUCCAUCUGUAAACUGGGGUGUUAACACCUGCCCAGCUGACUGCCAUGGGCUCCCAUCACCCGUCUCCAGGGGUUCCAGUUGGUGGGAGGGGCAGGUACACAUCUGUGCUGGACUCAGUGCAGGGCCCUCCCUGACCCCAUCCUUGGGGCCUGGGCUGAAGGGCCACCAGCAGUGAGUCUGUGGUGCAAAGGCGAAGUGAGAGGAGGGAUUGGCGUUGUCCCGCUUCGAUGCCACCUCCCUGUGGCUGAUUCCAGAUCUGGCUGCUGUGUCUGUCAGCUGUCAUCUCAGUGGCUGACCGUGGCGCCUCUGUGCCCUGCCGCGGGGCCUCUGACUUCUGCAGCAUUGCGUGGGUGGCGCCUGUCCCCUUGGGCACACAUGGGUGAUGGCCUCUCUGGCUACCUCAGCCCUGCCAGGCUCCUCCCACCCCCUGAGCGCAGCUGCAGGCACCCCCACUUCAUUUCCGCAGCCCCCACGGAGGCCGGGCCCGCUCCUCCUCCUGGGGCCUGCUGCCCCUCAUGUCUGUGGGUGGUUGUCACUGAGGUUAACGUGGGCCUGACAUCCUGCUACCAGCAGGAGUUGGGGGGCCCUAGGCCUCUGGGAGGUGAGGCAGGCUUCCUCCUCUGGCCCUCACAGGGACCGUGCUGGGUUCACCUGGAGCCCCGCUGCCUGGGUUCACAUCCCAGCGCAGCCCCUUACGCAGUGAUCUCAGCCUCCGUCUGUAGAUAGUUAGCGUCAGCACCUGUGUCCCGGGCUGUCCGAGAGGAGCUCGUGACUGUGAGCCUGGGGGCGUGGGGCCUUGGAGGGGCGCAGCUGUCUGCAGUCUGGCUCCGCCCCGGAGCACCUGUGCACACCAGGGCAGGCGUGGCCCUUCUCCAGGCACAGGCCCUCUGCUUUGCCCAGGGGGAAAAAGCCAGGCCAGCAGCGGGCAGGUGGUCACCUUUAGGGGACAGCAGUAGCAGCAGAUGCUGAGCGGUCACCAAGGUUAAAAUAUGGUGUGGGAGUGGACAGUUCACAAAACUGCAAGUAGGUGUGAGAACAGGUGUGCACCCAGGUGCCCGCGUGGCUGCAGAUACACACACGCCCACGAAGUGCCCACAGGAGGACAGAGGCCUCGGGGAUUAAAGGGGCAAGGAUCAGGCUGGCCUGGCGGGGGCUUGGCCGAGGUAGCCCUGGGCCAGAGGAAGCUACAGCGAGGGCCUUGCCCGGCAGCCCACGUGGACCCCAGAAACCGGCACAGCAGCUGGCAGAGGGGCAGGGGCCACCCCCAUAGCUGCCGGGCUCUCAGCAUUUGAAAGGUCCCCGAAUCAUGAAUCAGCUGUGCAUGCUUGUUAGCAGAAGAACCUGGGAAGGCUCUGCCGGGAUCUGGGUGGAGGUGGGAGUGCUGCCCGCUUGGCUCCGAUAAUUGGACUCAGGCCUGGGCGGAGAUGUUUGUCCCUCAUUAGCUCUAGGGGUUCAUUAGCCCCAUGGCCGGCGUGAAAGGUAAAUGUCAGCUAAAGGGCUUUGUGCUCUGGGCCUGCGCGCCUUUGUCUGCCUGUUCUCCUGGGGUGCACAGGGGACCCAGGUGCCAGGACAGACAGGAGGAGGUGGAGGGAGCCCGGGCCUGCGGGGAGGCCCCGCUGUGCAGGGGCCAGGCCUGGGGAGCAGCCGCAGCACACACCUGCUGAGCCCAGGCUUGGCCGCCCACCCCCACGUGGGACCGACCCCAGCUGUCCCUUUCCACGGAGGGAGGGGAGCCAGAGGCCUCGCCGCAGGGUCCUGCCCCAAGUGGCUGGAGCGACGGGGCUCACACUGUAACCUUGGGAGUUGGUUCGGUGACCCCUCGUGAGGUGGAGUGACGGUGCUGCCCGUGGUGUGCGAAGGGGCCCUGGAGGGGAGCGUGUGGUGCCGAGGGCAGGCGGAGACCCGGGAGCUGGCCGAAGUCAGCAGCCCAGGGUGGUGGCUCCUGCGUCACUGUGACCUUUAGCCGCCUGGCUUGGCGGUCCUGUCUGACUCCGACCCGCGAGGUGGUGCUGGGCCCAGCACAGAGGGGGCUCCACGGGACUCGGGCUGGGUUGGGGGUGAUUCCCUGCAAGUCCCUCGGGAAGCAGAGUGUGCACCCGUCCCACACCCACCGGCUUGGGCCUGUCUCACCUGUGGGGUUCCUUUAGGCCAGUUACUGAAGCUGGCCUGCUUUAAACCGCGUACCCUGGUGGUCUCCAGAGUAAACGAGAGCAUUCCUGGCUGGGAGCAGGUACUCUGUGUGUGUUGAAUGACUGUAAGAUAUCUGGUGUGCAGCGAGCGCCCACCAGCAAGCUCCGGUAGCACCUGUUGGCUUGGGGAGUCACCUGCUUGUGAAAUACCUGAGUGAAUGCAUCAGUGGAGAGGUUAACUUGGGAAUGGGCUGAGAGGUAGGGAUGAUCUGAAAUGGGGUACGGACUGGGUGUGGUGGUGCACGUAAUCCCAGUACUCUGCAAGGCUGAGGCAGGAGGGUCACAAGUCCGAGCCUAGUGUGGGCACCUUAGUGAUUUAGCAAGACUCUGUCCCAAAAUAAAAUGGCUUGGGGCUGAGUGUGCAGGCUCUGGUUUCAGUCCCCAGUACUGCGAGAGAGAAUGAAACGCAGUGGUGUUCGUCUGUGAGGCUGGAUUGGCUGGCAGGGGUUAUCCCAGCUGGAGCUUAUCUGCCGAUCAGAGCUGCCGGUGGACUGCUUAUCUCCAGCCGCCAGCCGCCUCCCUGUGCCCCGCAGAUGACGGGAAGCUGUCCCUGGAGGAGUUCCAGCUGUUCUUCGCAGAUGGUGUCCUCGACGAGAAGGAGCUGGAGGGCCUGUUCCACACCAUCGACUUGGACAACACCAAAUUACUUUGUGGACCACAUGGGGGACUACGAAGACGUGUUGGCCUCCCUAGAGACCUUGAACCACUCUGUCCUGAAGGCUAUGGGCUACACCAAGAAGGUCUACGAGGGCGGAAGCAACGUGGACCGGUUCGUCACCCGCUUCCUCCUGAAGGAGACGGCCAAUCAGAUCCAGUCGCUGCUCAGUUCCGUGGAGAGUGCCGUGGAGGCCAUCGAGGAGCAGACCAGCCAGAUCCGGCAGGACCAUGGCAAACCCGACCAUGGCACCGUGGAGAGCUGGUAUGGAAGCUCUGCCCCUCCCUACGCCCCCAGCCCCAAGCUUGCGGCCGUGGAACAGGGGAAGAGCCUUCUGCCUGUCCUGGGAGACACGAAGGAGGAGAGUCUGGACGCCCAGAUCAGCCGGCUGGCAGAGCUGAUCGGGAGGCUGGAGACCAAGACCCUCUGGUUUGACCUGCAGCAGCGCCUCUCCGACGACGAUGAAGGCACCAACAUGCACCUGCAGCUGGUCCGGCAGGAGAUGGCCGUGUGCCCCGAACAGCUGGGCGAGUUCCUGGGCUCCCUGCGUCAGUACCUGCGGAGCACCGCCGGAGCUGGGCCCUGCUUCCACAUCGCUGCAGUGAGGCUGGCCGACGGCUGCACUUUCGUCAUCUACGAGUUCUGGGAGACAGAAGAGGAGUGGAAGAGGCACCUGCAGAGCUCCGUGUGCAAGGCUUUCCGGCACGUGAAGGUGGACACGCUGAGCCAGCCGGAGGUCCUGUCCCGCAUCUCUGUGCCAGCUGCGUGGUGCACCGUGGGCCGAGACUGACCACCACCCCCAGCCCCAUGGAAGAGCCUGCUAUCUUGUCCCCUCCUCUUGUAAAGGACGCCCCUCUUUUCUAGACACUUUGGUACACGAGCUGUCUUUUCAAUAUACUUCUAAAGAGGAAGAUGCUUUCCCUGCUGUCAAACACGGAGGAUGACCCUGCCCCGCCUCCA